CCGCCCCCUGCCAUUGAGGGACGGGUUGUACAUUCCACUGAUAAUUUUCAAUAUCACUUCGAAAAAAAUGACUAUUUUUUGACAUCUUUCUCCUUGUGAUAAAGUAUGAAAACCCGACAAGUUGGAUAAAGGAGGAUUUUUAUAGAACUAGAAGGGAGGCUCUGCGUCCUUUGGAAGGAUGGAGACUCUUAUUCCCACUAUUAACCGGCUGCAGGAGGUCUUCCUGACCGUGGGGGCUGAGAUCAUACAGCUUCCCCAAAUAGUUGUGGUUGGAUCACAGAGCAGUGGGAAAAGCUCCGUGUUGGAGAGUCUGGUCGGACGAGAUUUCUUGCCUCGAGGAUCAGGAAUAGUCACAAGACGUCCGCUCAUCUUGCAGCUUAUUAACGUCGCCCCUCUGAAGGAGAGGAUAAAAACUGAGAAUGGAAAUGGAAUUAAACAAAAUGCUCAGAACAGCUACCCAGGGAUCAAAGCUGAAGAGUGGGGUACCUUCCUGCACUGCAAGAAUCAGAUCUUCACAGAUUUUCAGGAGAUCCGUAAGGAGAUUGAAGCAGAAACAGCGCGCGGUUCCGGUGACAACAAGGGAAUCAGUCCUGAGCCCAUAUAUCUGAAGAUUUUCUCCCCCAAUGUUCUUAAUCUAACGCUUGUUGAUUUGCCAGGAAUCACCAAGGUUCCUGUUGGUGAUCAGCCUGAAGACAUAGAGACUCAAGUGCAGGAGAUGAUCCUGUCCUUCAUCUCAAACCCAAACUCUCUCAUCCUUGCAGUCUCCCCGGCCAAUUCUGACUUGGCCACGUCUGAUGCUCUGAAACUGGCUCGCGAAGUAGAUCCAGAAGGUCGUCGGACACUGCUGGUGGUCAGCAAACUGGACCUGAUGGAUGCAGGAACCGAUGCACUUGAAGUACUUCUGGGUCGAGUCAUUCCCAUCCGUCUCGGGAUUAUCGGGGUGGUUAAUAGGAGCCAGCAUGACAUCAACACCCAAAAGACUCUACAGGAUUCACUGAAAGACGAACAAGCUUUUCUGCAACGCCACUACCCCUCACUUGCCUCCCGAUCCGGCUCACGCUAUCUGGCCAAAACUCUGAGCAGGCUGCUCAUGCACCACAUCCGGGACUGCUUGCCAGACCUUAAAACCAGAGUGACGGUGCUGAGUGCCCAGUAUCAGGCACAGCUCAACAGCUACGGUCAGCCAGUAGAUGAUCACAGCGCCACUCUGCUGCAGAUUGUCACCAAGUUUGCCAGUGAUUAUUGCAACACCAUCGAGGGAACAGCCAGACACAUCCAGACAUCAGAGCUCUGCGGAGGGGCUCGGAUCUGUUACAUAUUCCACGAGACGUUCGGCCGCACCCUGCAGUCCAUCGACCCCCUAGGAGGACUGAGCGAUCUGGAUAUCCUCACCGCCAUCCGCAACGCUACGGGUCCGAGACCUGCUCUUUUUGUGCCAGAGGUUUCUUUCGAGUUGCUGGUAAAGAGGCAAAUUAAGCGUCUGGAGGAUCCCAGCCUGCGCUGUGUGGAGCUGGUUCAUGAAGAGUUGCAGAGGAUCAUCCAGCACUGCUCCUCCUUCAGCACUCAGGAGCUUCUACGAUUUCCCAAACUGCACGAUUCCAUUGUUGAGGUUGUGACCGGAUUAUUGAGGAAGCGCUUGCCAAUCACGAAUGAAAUGGUGCACAAUUUAGUGGCCAUAGAGCUCGCUUACAUCAAUACGAAACAUCCGGACUUUACAGAUGCAGCGCAGGUCUCAGCAUCCGUCAACAGUCAGCAGGCGGAGGCCACCGAUGGAGGAAAACGGUGGAAGAACGAGAAGGUUACUGAGGAGAGAACUCCAGCCACGGGGUUUGGCAGCCCGAGUAAAGGCCAGGCCAUUAACCUGCUUGACACGGCGAUGCCCGCAUCCCGCAAACUGAGCGCGAAGGAGCAGAGAGACUGUGAGGUCAUCCAGCGUCUGAUCAAGUGCUACUUCCUCAUCGUUCGCAAAAGCAUUCAAGACAGUGUACCCAAGACAGUGAUGCAUUUCUUGGUGAACCAUGUGAAGGAGAAUCUGCAGAGCGAGCUGGUGGGUCAGCUCUACAAGCAGCCGCUGCUUCAGGAGCUGCUCAUCGAAUCGCAGGAAACCGCGCAGCAACGGACCGAGGUUGCACAGAUGCUCGAGGCUCUUAAAAAGGCCAACACCAUCAUCUCUGAGAUACGCGAGACUCAUCUGUGGUAGCCAAGUUUGCUUUAUCAGAGGAUCGCUUUGAGAAUCAUGAGUGUAUGUGAGUUUACUGUAGAGAGUGUUAGAGCACAUUCAGAUCAGCCUGUUCCUCAUCGGUUUGUUGCCGACCUCUCUGAAUCUGUUUGUUUUUUUUCACUGUGAAAGUUGGGUACAGAGGACCAUUAAAUACACACUCAGGCCUGAAGUCUUGUCAUGAAAAACAGCCAGGAACAAAGUCUUCUAUUUAUUUUUCUGCUUCAUGAUAAAAUCUUUUGUUGAUUCAAAGGAUUCUUUUGCAUUUUUUUAAUUAUUGUAAACGGUAUGUGGAUUAUUUAUGAGGCAUUUUUCUUUUGUUAUCAGGUGUUUGUUAGCUCUGGGCAUAUGCCCACCUGUAGUUGUUCACUGCCAUUAGCUGGUUUCCCUUCACUUUACAAGAAUGACAGAUUCAGGUUGUUUGGGAAUAUUUGUGGUUAUGCAAACUGCAGACCGCCAUGGUGUGUUAACCGACAUUUUAUCAACACACCUUAAUUCUAAACUAAACAAAACACGAAACAACAGUAUAUGUAUUUAGAUCAUGCCACACAUAUUGACCUUUAACAGAGAACUAUAAUGAUGUUUUCAUUCCAGAUGUAUUCCUCUUUGCCCCUGCUGGGGGGGGAGAAAAUUUGUAAACCAAAUCGUUCAAUGGUGUCUACAGCACAAGAGUGAAGACACACACUAAAGUCAAUUUAUUCUAUAAUAAGGUCCUUAUUAUCAGCUUCCAUUACUGAGCCUCGUUAACAUAUCAGCCUGUUUGUGUUGUUUCCUAAAACUCCAACCAUUCCUCCAUCCAUUCCUUCUCUUAGGUGUUGAGAAGAUGAAGUAUGUAAAAACUAAGCAUUAAAAAAGUGUUUGUUUGACUUUAUAUCCAGUUAGCUUUGUUACAUUUUCUCCAUUUGGACAUUUUUACAAACAACCCUUAAAAUGAAUAACUCAGGAUGCAACUACUUGAUGCAUGCAAACCUUUUUUUUUUCAUUUCACAACUGUCAACGUGGAUGCAAAAUUACCCAGAUCGAUUUGCUUCCAUGCAGAAUACCUUUCCUCUGAAUACCUUGAAAGACAAACUGUAUCUGUUUCUUAUUCUCUGUUUACAAUGUAGUACAAUCCUUUAGUUUGUACUUGUCUUAAAUAUUUCACAGUGUUCCUGCUCGAUUGUGAAAAGUAUGGGAAAAUAAUCUGUAAAAUUAUGAUUUAUCAGUAUAGAUCAUUUGUGAGGCUCCUUCAUCAGGCUUUCAUAUCUCUGCAUGUGUGUGUGUUCAGUAUGCAUGCGCAGAAGUGUGAAUGAAGUCAGCUUUUGUAUUAUUUAAUUUAUUUGGUGGAGUCAGAUGCUGCCUCUUGAGUUCUCGCCUGCCAAUAUUUGUCAUAAAUGUUUGUUGAAAUAAAGUCUGAGUUCCUGAAGACUCAUUAAAGUUUAACA